GGCGUGGACGGGACGCAUGCGCAAUAUGUCCACAACUCUACACAAACGAGACAUCAACAAGAAGCGGGUUUGUGAGGCGGCUUGGUUUUCAUAAUAGUGACAUUGUAACGACGACUUAACAAAAUAAACAUUCGGAAUAACUUCAGGCAUUUGCAACAAGGUGAGUAAUGUUAGAAGGUUUAUUUUGCAAUUAAAUGUUUAAACCAUGGCGGGAUUUUGGAGUAUACUGUUUACAUUUAGGUUGUUAUUCAAAAGCAGAUUCGAGGGUGCUGGGAACCAUCGCCCAUUUAGAGAUAAGUGAACCAGUUAUGAACCACAACAUCCACAAGGUGCAACAUUUUGAAGACUUUCCGUGUUUCGUCGGUGCGACGGGCUGAUGGGCAUCCAUCAGAGGGUCUGAAGUAGUAAACAGGACUGUUGUUAUUGGGCGCUGAUCAAAGGGCAAAGGUAAUGUGUUCAUGUAUUGAAUUAUCUUUCCUCUAAACAACCUAACAAUAUCAGGCUAUUGUGGUCGAAAGUAGCCUAUAUUAUCGUGGAACCCUUCAUGGAGGCUCAACUGGGCUGUAGAUCACUAAACCCUCCCCAGACAGGCUGGGUUAGGGUUAGUAAGUUGUCUCUCACGCCCACCAGUGCGGGAUAGGCGCUUCCCACAACUCAUUAUUAAGAUAAACCAUUUUUGACCGAAUUAAUUCAAACUAGUUUCCCGAGCAUGCAAGUAACUAUUUACGCGUUCAACAUCUGGACAAUAUUUAGUAAAACUUGGUGCGCACGUAGUUGUCGACUGUCACCGUGACGCGGUAUGGAAUAACAAAGAGUGAAUAUCAAGUUACACGACGAUAGGUUUAGGUUUUACCUCCACAUCAGAUGAGUCGUUGUGUAUGUUAUAUCUGAAUGUAAAGGAGGCUCGUGGUUCAUUUGUGAUUGUAAUGCCGUUCAUAGGGCUCUUCUCGGAGGCUCGUGGAGCAGGUCGUAAAAUGGGCGCGCAGCAGCAUCUCGCGGGCCACGCUGCCUCGCGAGGUGGGCGUUAUAUUCACACUUCGUUCGACAUAAAGCUGGUAUUUCUUAAACUACAGUGUUCAUUGUCUUGAAUAGAUAACACGCCCUACUUUUGUUGUUUUUCGAUUAAUUGCAUGGUUAACUUUGAAUAAUUGGGAUCUUAAAAACAUCGCAUCACUGUCCACACCUCCGUGUGUUGCCAUGUUGAGUGACGUCACGUACUGUAUCCGCCGCCUUGCUGUCGGGGACCGGGCCCCCCUUGGUGAGGCGUCGGGGGGCGCGGCUCGCCGUUUGCCGCAGUUCGGGAACACAUGUGCUUCAGAAGAGUUAGUUUGCCUAGCAACACAUCGAGACGGUCCGACCACUCAGCUCCCCGACCUGCAGCUCUCUGAACACGGCCUCUAUGCUCCUCUUAUGUACCAUUAAAACAUGAUCGUUUUAUCAGGGUUUUCUGCUUGUGUUUUAGGUAUUAGAGUCGGCCUAUCUGACUGCUGACCUACUUACCUCAUAUACUUACCUCAUUUAGUGCUCAUAUCAGGAUGUUCGGCUUCCAUAAGCCGAAGAUGUACAGAAGUCUGGACGGAUGUUGCAUCUGCCGCGCCAAGUCGUCCAGCUCGCGCUUCACUGACAGCAGGCGCUACGAGAAGGACUUCACGAGCUGCUUCGGGCUGAGUGAGAGUAGGACGGGAGAUAUCUGUAACGCCUGCGUGCUGCUGGUGAAACGGUGGAAGAAGCUGCCUGUUGGUUCGAAGAAGAACUGGAACCAUGUGGUCGACGCCAGAGGAGGCCCCAGCCUCAAGAUCUCCUCCAGGCCCAAGAAGACCAAGUCCCUGUUGAAGAAGGCCCGGCCCAGACAGAUCAGCAGGCUGCAGAAGGAGCUGAAGAGAAACAACUCGGACGCCCACAGCACCACCUCCAGCACCUCCCCCGCCCAGUCCCCCAGCUACAGCAACCUGUCUGACGAGGGCUCAGACACGGACAUCGGCCCCGGGUCCAGCCAGCCCCCGGUCUUCUCCUUCCUGGACCUGACCUACUGGAAGAGACAAAAGGUGUGCUGCGGAAUCAUCUACAAGGGUCGUUUUGGGGAGGUGCUGAUCGACCCCCACCUCUUCAAACCCUGCUGCCGUAAGCAGCAGCGGCCGACGCCCCCCGCACCGCAGGGGGCGGGGGCAGGGUACCUGGAGGAUGAGGAGGAGGACGAGGAGGAGGAGGAGGAGGAGGUGGACGUGGAGGAGGCGGCGUCAGUGAGCGAGGUUACUGCAGAAAGAUCCACGCCCAAGAAUGGUUUGGAGGAGGUGUUGAAAGGGGCGUUGGAGGAGGAGGUGGUGGUGGUGAAGGAGGAGGUGGUGGUGAAGGAGGAUGAGCUGAACACCGGCACCAUGCAGCUGCUCCUUGCUGCCGUUUAACCUCCCCCCUUCAGUCAACCGGAGGAGGAGCAGGGAGGAGCAGGAGUUGGUGAUUCAGGAGCCCCUUAGUGCACAUUUUUUGAGGACAUCUUGGGAUGCUUCUUUGGUUCAGCACUUACAGAGAAGUCACCACAGUUGGCCUUUAGUCGCUGGGCAGCUGAAAACGUUAUUUCUUAGUCAUGUUUUCACCAUUUGUUUGUUGAUCUAUAUUGUUGAUGUGUAAGUUAUUGAAUUUUUCCUUAUCUCAACCAUUGAUUCUUUAUAUGAACUAUUCUUCCCGUCCUGGUCGAGCAUCGUCAUCCUGGUGCUACCUCCGACCAAAUGCUGAAACUUUACUUUGCUGGUACAAUGGAAAUGUUAAAAAUGCUAUUAAUCAAUGCUUUAGGAAAGAAGAGGGUGGGCAAAAGCGAUUUAAAAAAAACAGAAUCUAAAAUGGUUCUGUGGCAGAUGUAUGGUGCGUCCGUCAUAUUUUAUAUCAGAUGUCCCUAUUCCUUGUGUUUAAUACCUAUUGUUCAAUAGGCAUGUUUUCAGAUGGCAUGCCUGUAAAAAGCCUUUUAGUUAGUAUCUAACACACAUUCACACAAGUUUUCUUCCUGUUUGUUUGUAGAAUAGAGUAUUUUUGUAUGUUGAUGUCAUUGGAAUUAGGGCUGUUCACAGUGCCGCCGCAAAUACACAAGCCUUGAUGUCGCAUCACAGACCCUGAGUUGGUGAGACCAUUACCAGCCCAGGGGCUGGUGGCCUCUGCAACCCACAGGGCAUUCAGCAUGAGCAGUGGAUGCCCUCUUCUUGUCGAAACCGCUGAACCAAUGCAUGAGGAUUCUGUUCAAGUGCAUGGCCUUAGAGGAAGUACAUUUUUGUAUUACUUAAAAAAUAAGUAUGUGGGAUAAUUUAAGGUUCGAAAUUAUUUUUAUAUGUAUUUUUUUUUUUAAAGCCCAAAAAACUUCUUUGUACCCUAACUUACAACCCAAUUCUUCAAAACGACAGAGAAUACCAAUAACCAAUCCUUUCUUAUUCAGCAAUACCAAUAUCAGUUUACAUCAAUCAUAGAACAUUCAUGGAGAGAAUACUUUAUACAAUUCAUAUGCUAUGCUAUUGCCUAAUACACCACAAAAUGUUGGGAUGAUAUAUAUAUUUAUAUAUAUAUAUAUCUCAAAUUAAAGCCAAAGCACAUUUCAAUUCACUCAAUGUUAAAUCAAUACAGGAUGUUUUGGACACUUUGUGCUUAUCCUGGUGGUUUUCUGUCUAUAAUGGUAUUUUAACACUACUGUGGAAUUCCACCUGUGUUUGGUUGGGAAUAUUUGGUCACAUUGUGU